AUGGCCCCGCCGGCCACACUCUUCUGGACGUCUUCUGAUGUUUACAGGCCCUGGGUCCUCCAGCAGGCCGGGACUGCUGCCCACCCCCAGCCGCACCAGGGCCGCCAAGGUGAGGCUGGUGCCAACAUCAUCGAGGUCUCUAAGGAGGCCCGGAAGCGGUUCCUGGGCCCACUGCACCCCUCUUUCAAUCUGGUGAAGACCAUCCGAAACUGCCUGCUGAAGACAUUGCCCGCCGACAGCUAUGAGCAGGCCAAUGGACGCCUGGGCAUCUCCCUGACCCGCGUCUCGGACGGGGAGAAUGUCAUCAUAUCCCACUUCACCUCCAAGGAGGAGCUCAUCCAGGCCAAUGUCUGCAGCACCUUCAUCCCUGUCUACUGCGGCCUCAUCCCUCCCUCCCUCCAGGGCGUGCGGUACGUGGACGGUGGUAUCUCAGACAACCUGCCACUGUACGAGCUCAAGAACACCAUCACCGUUUCCCCCUUCUCGGGUGAGAGUGACAUCUGCCCGCAGGACAGCUCCACCAACAUCCACGAGCUGCGGGUCACCAACACCAGCAUCCAGUUCAACAUGCGUAACCUCUACCGCCUCUCCAAGGCCCUCUUCCCGCCAGAGCCCUUGGUGCUGCGCGAGAUGUGCAAGCAGGGCUACAGGGACGCGCUCCGCUUCCUGCGGCGCAACGGCCUCCUGAACCGGCCCAACCCACUGAUGGCGCUGCCCCCCACCCAGCCCCAUGCCCCCGAGGAUGAGGAUGCCGAAGAGGCCUUGGUGGCCUCGGGAAGGGCCCGAGUGGAGACCCAGCUGCAGCCGCCAGGGGAGGAUUAUAUCCUGGAGCACCUGCCCGCCAGGGUCAAUGAAGCCCUGCUGGAGGCCUGCGUGGAGCCCAAGGACCUGUUGACUACCUUCUCCAACAUGUUACCUGUGCGCUUGGCCACGGCCAUGAUGGUGCCCUACACGCUGCCGCUGGAGAGCGCUGUGUCCUUCACCAUCCGCUUGCUGGAGUGGCUACCCGAUGUCCCUGAGGACAUCCGCUGGAUGAAGGAGCAGACGGGCAGUAUCUGCCAGUACUUGGUGAUGCGUGCCAAGAGAAAGCUGGGUGGCCGCCUGUCCGCCAGGCUGUCGGAGCAGAUGGAGCUGCGCCGCGCCAAGUCUCUGCCCUCUGUGCCACUGUCCUGCGCCACCUACGGCGAGGUGCUGCCCGGCUGGAUGCGCAACAACCUCUCGCUUGGGGACGCUCUGGCCAAGUGGGAGGAGUGCCAGCGCCAGCUGCUACUGGGCCUCUUCUGCUCCAACGUGGCCUUCCCGCCUGACGCCCUGCGCAUGCACACACCUGCCCGCCCCACCGCCGCGUCCCCACCGCAGCACCCACCCGGCCUGCCCCCGUGCUGA